CAAAGUGUCACAAAGAGCUCGGCCCGCGGCAGCAGCGGAGGCGGCUGUAACUCAGCUUUUGUUCUCCCGGCCGGCCGGGGGUAGCAGAGCCCUGGCCUCCCUAUCUCCCACCCUGCCCCCUAUCAUCCUUCUUGCUUAUCUUCCCAGGGAGGGGUCUGGGGUGCUGCUGGAAGAACCUCUUGUGCAGGAUCACAGGUCCUACCUUACUUGCUGACCUAUUUCUGGGAGGGGUAUUUUCCCAGAAGCUCUCCUGCCCACCUCCCUCUUUCCCCCACCUCCCAGUCUGAGGACUGAGGCUCAUGUGGGCGGUUAGACUGACUUUUCUAGGGUCAGCUCCAGUUAAGUAGACUUAGGGAUGGCUACAUGUCUCCUUUCCCCAAAUCCAGAUCCUUCAGAACUUUGAAAAUCGGGGUCAAGUUAGGACAUGACUGGGAUAAAAUUCACCAUGGUGGGGUGGCAGCAGGUGUAUCUUCUCACCUCCUACUGUGCAUUUGGAGUCCUUAACUGAGGUUGCUUGCCCCUAACUCAGGACAGUGGGACCCAGGGAAUGCUGUCUUCACCAAGAACUCAACUUGAAAGGUGGCAAACUGCUCUGGAGGGAGAGUUUGAAGGAGUAGUGAAGUUAAUAUAGAGAGGAGACCACAAAAGUGAUCUAUUGGCAUGUCUCUGUGAUUGAGGUGGUCUUCAUUCUGGACCACUUAAGAAGCUCCCUUUCCUAAAAACCCAUUUAGUGCAGUGGUUAUCAUAAUUGUUAGGUAUAGGAUUCUCAGCAGAGGGAAAACUCAAGUAUUAGAAAUGACCAGAGACAGAGGCCUAGUUACAGCUAGACCCCAGAGAUCCUGAACCCUUGCUCCAUACACUUUGAACCACUAGGCUUGGGGACAACCUUCUUAGUCCUCUAUUUGGCAGAUGCUUCUGUGUAUCUGUCUUUGUUGUUUAUAAAUCUUUUUAUUAACCAUCCAUCUUUACUUAGUAAGGUUUAAGGUUUGAUGUUCCAUAAACUGCCUAUACCAGCUGUCCUGGCAUGUAAGAGUAAUUGGCCUGUUGCUUUGGAAAUAUUUCUGAUCCCUAACCCUGGCUCUGCAUCCCUAUAGAAUCCAAAUAAGGGCAAGAUAACCCCUGAUUCUCAGUGGGGGUGGAAAGUAGGUCACUGCUACUCUCUGACCAAGUCUGGCCAAGUAUCAUGGAUGGUGUUUAAGCCUGAGUAUAGAAAAAUCUAUGAUUAUUGUCCACAGUUAAUACAUGUAUGACUUAAGUUACAAGCAACUUCAUAAAACCUGUCAGUGCUCUCCUUUAUUGAUUACGACCAUGAGAUCAGAUGUCUGGGCCUGAUUGGAAUGAAUAUGAUUGAGGGGAUCUUGAUGGGGUCUAGGAGGUCUCAGUGAAUUUUGUUGAUUUUAGGCCUCUUUUGGAGAAACUCUUCUGCUGGGGAAUUUAGCUUCAGUUUGGGUCUUCUUAUAUCACUAUAUUUCCAUUCUGAAAACUGCUGUGUGCAAUGUGUGUGUGUGUGUGUGUGUGUGUGUGUGUUUCUUUUGGGAGGAAGUUUUGCCUUGUUCUGUUUUAUUUUAUUUUUGCAUUGGAUAUGAGUCCAGCUUCUCAGGAGAUGUUUUGCUUGCAGUUUUAGGGGCCCUAGAAUCUUCUCAGAAUCAGAAUAUGUGCCCAUAGGUUAGUCAGCUAUGACCAUGCAGUAUUCCCAGCCUCCACCCCCCCUCCCUCCUGGCCAUCUGCUUCCUCUGAAUAUACCAGAUUGGCUGUACACCAGGAUGUUCCGGGAAUCCCCAGGAGAGCAACAGAAUGUGAGGGACCCAAAUACGAUGCCUCAGUAACUCAUUCCAGGAUGUACAAACUGUAACUGUCAGGACACUCCUUAUAGCUAAUUAAAAAUUUUCUGGUUACAUCUAUUUUCUAAUACCUCUAUUUUCAGUGACAUCCAAAAGGCCAAAAUAAUCCUCUGGUACCACUCUCCCCUGACCCUCUGUGGUUCCCAGAUACGGGGAGAAAAUCCUCCAGCUUUUCUCAGUGCUUUAUCUGUGAUGCUAAAAUGGCAAACAUGGCCUCUCUAGGACUUCAUAGUUCUAUCUAUGGUACUGAGGUGGCCAAAGUGGCUUCUCUGGUAGCCCACUGCACUCUCCAUGGUACUGAAGGAAUGACCAUUUGUUUCAGCAUCUCGGGUCCAGAAGAGUCCUGUUAUUUAGACCCACAAAACUUUUAAGCUGGAAGGCAACAUCAGUAAAAAUUAGUCCAACCUACUUACAUUACAAAGGAUAAAUGAUUCACUGAAGGUUGUAGGGUUUAAUAAUGGUAAAACUAGGUUUACAAUAGCCUUGUACCCCUUAAUCCUAUUCUGACUCACCUUCUGUGAAAUUAUUCAGUGAACCUGGCUAGGCUCUUGGCCCCAGGAAAGGGGUUUGUUUGGAUGAUCCAGAGGAGGAAGGUGUACUCCCAAAUUUGGAGCUAUAGAAGAACACAUUAAAUGGUGACAGACGACAUCUAAUGGAGCUUGGACAAGGAUAUUUUUGUUAAUUAAUCUCCUGUUAAUAUUCCCAGAGCCCUGAUUCUGCAUGUAACAGGUACUUGCCCCAUACUGAAGUCUUACCACAUCCACUAAACCUUGAAAAUUAAGGAAGCUCUGGACCUCCAGAGCCUUUUCUCUGCUGAUAAGCAGGGCUGACUCCUGGCCCAGUUCUCUUCUAUUAAAGAUCUGUAAGCAAGCUCCUCAGCACCUGUUGCCUUCAUUAGCAGCCUUUCCUCCUCUUCCCUGCACUCCCCAGAACCAAAGAAUGUGAAGGGGUUCCAUGGAGGGCUCACGUCCCCGCGUCCCUGGUGGCCAUUUAGCCCCGUCACCACCGGCCUUUGACGGCGAGCUGGAUUUGCAGCGCUACUCCAACGGCCCAGGUGUGAGCACGGGGUCGCCCGGGAUGGGAGCUGUGGGCUGGUCUGAAAGUCGAGCAGGAGAACGGCGUUUUCCCUGCCCUGUAUGCGGGAAGCGAUUCCGCUUCAACUCCAUCCUGGCAUUGCAUCUGCGAGCGCACCCAGGGGCUCAGGCCUUCCAGUGCCCACAUUGUGGCCAUCGCGCAGCACAGCGGGCUCUGCUACGCUCGCACCUGCGAACACAUCAGCCUGAGCGCCCACGUAGCCCUGCCGCGCGCCUGUUGCUGGAGUUGGAGGAGCGCGCACUGCUGCGGGAGGCUCGCCUAGGAAGAGCCCGAAGCUCAGGAGGCAUGCAGGCCAACCCUGCCACUGAGGGCCAGGCACGGCCUCAGGUUCCUUCGUCAUCUGCCUUCCGUUGCCCUUUCUGCAAAGGCAAGUUUCGCACCUCAGCAGAGCGCGAACGCCACCUGCACAUCCUGCACAGGCCUUGGAAGUGCAGUCUGUGCAGUUUUGGCUCCAGCCAGGAGGAGGAGCUGCUACACCAUAGCCUGACGGCCCACGGGGCUCCUGAGCGCCCCCUGGCGGCCACCUCCACUGUGCCCCAGCCUCAGCCUCCACCCCAGCCCGAACCCAGAUCUGUUCCUGAGCCAGAACCAGAGCCUGAACGUGAGGCAACCCCUGCCUCUGCUCCUGCAGCUCCCGAGGAGCCCCCGGCGCCUCCAGAGUUCCGCUGCCAAGUGUGUGGCCAGAGCUUUACACAGUCGUGGUUUCUCAAGGGCCACAUGCGCAAGCACAAGGCCUCCUUCGAUCAUGCGUGUCCCGUGUGUGGCCGCUGCUUCAAGGAGCCCUGGUUCCUAAAGAACCACAUGAAAGUGCAUGCCAGCAAGCUGGGUCCUCUCCGUGCCCCAGGUCCUGGCUCAGGGCCUGCCCGGGCACCCCAGCCUCCUGAUUUGGGGCUGCUGGCCUAUGAGCCAUUGGGCCCUGCGCUUCUCUUGGCCCCGGCACCCACUCCAGCUGAGCGUCGGGAGCCCCCGAGCCUCUUGGGUUAUCUAAGCCUCCGUGCUGGCGAAGCCCGGCCCAAUGGAGAAGGGGCUGAGCCUGGGGCCGGCCAUAGCUUUGGAGGCUUCCGCCCACUGCCAUCAGCUGUCCCAGCGCGGGCUCGAAGGCACCGUGUAGAGGAGCCUGAGGAGGAAGAGGAGGUGGUAGAGGCUGAGGAGGAGAACUGGGCCCGGGGCAGGUCACUGGGCCCUUUGGCCUCCCUGCACCCACGCCCAGGCGAGGGACCAGGGCAUUCGGCGCCUUCUGUGGGGGCCCAGGCAAGAUCUACAGCCACACAGGAAGAAAAUGGGCUGUUGGCUGGAGGGACCCGGCCUGAAGGGGGCCGAGGGGCCACUGGCAAGGAUUGCCCCUUCUGUGGAAAAUCUUUCCGCUCAGCUCAUCACCUCAAAGUGCAUCUUCGAGUGCACACAGGUGAGCGCCCUUAUAAGUGUCCACACUGUGAUUACGCAGGCACCCAGUCUGGCUCACUCAAGUAUCACCUGCAGCGUCACCACCGGGAGCAGAGGAGUGGUGCAGGCCCGGGGCCACCCCCAGAGCCGCCACCACCUACCCAGCGGGGUUCAGCCCCAUCCUCAGGAGCCAAGCUGGCUCAGCAGUCUGCGACCUGGGUGGAGGGUGCUUCAAGUCCCCGGCCUCCUUCAGGUGGCGCUGGGCCAGGGUCCCGUCGGAAGCCGGCUAGCCCUGGGAGGACCCUGCGCAAUGGGCGAGGUGGUGAGGCUGAACCCCUGGACCUGUCCCUGCGGGCGGGGCCGGGAGGUGAGGCUGGGCCAGGGGGUGCCCUCCACCGCUGCCUUUUCUGCCCUUUUGCCACUGGAGCCCCUGAGCUUAUGGCCUUGCAUCUGCAAGUGCACCAUAGCCGUCGGGCUCGGGGUCGCCGGCCUCCCCAGGCUGAUGCAUCUCCUCCCUAUGUCCGAGCACCAUCAGGAGAGACCCCUCCCAGUCCUUCGCUGGAAGGGGAGGAGGGCCCCGGGUUGUCGAGAUCUGGAGAAGCCGGGCCUGGGGGGCAAGAAAGGUAGGGAUCCCUCUUAGGGGUGAUUAGCUUAGUGAGCUUACCCCGCAGGAGCGGGGGAGCACUAGAGGUAGUUGGGUAGAGCAGCCAGCAGGGGGCAGUAUGGGACCCAAAUCCCAGCCCCAGGCGGACCAGAGGUGGAGGGGCAGUGGGCAAAGGAGGAUGGGCAGGCGAUACCCAUCCAGCCCAGGGGAGUCACAGUGCCUUAGAAGUGGCAGAGGUGAGGGUCAAAGAACGGGGUCCCAGGUCUGGCAGAGAGGAUUGUGUCCCUGUUGAGGAGACGCUCUGCCAGUUUUUGCUGGUCCAUAGGCGUGAGAGUUUAUUUUUGUACAAGGGGUGGGGGUGGGGGGGGCACUGUACCCUUCUAGCCCCAUCAGGGGCCCUGUAGACGUUGCUAUUUUUGGUACGAUUCCUGUCAUCCCUGUUGCAGAGUCGUGUCCCCAAUAAACAGGUGUCUUGAGGCACAAGGCCCUGUGUCCUGUCUGCCUAUGUCCUG